UUAUCAACGUCUGAAUUCCCGCCUGCGAAACCGAAGCGUCCCUCCGUUUGAAGACUACAAUUCCCGAAAGGCAACGAGAUUGUCGGUGAGGCACGCUGGGAAAUGGAGGACAGUAGCAGAUUCUUUGAGCGGGCAUUGAACAGACGGUUACGGAAGCCGAGGAGGUGCGCUUAAAUUCAUUCUUGGAAAAACGGCUGGAUACGGCCGGCACUCUCAGGCGCUUUUUGUACUGUAGGUGGAAUUCCGCGGGAAGCUUUGAGGUUUCACGCAAUCGGGAUGCAUUUCCACCACGUGAUUUUUUUGAGGCGGAGCCGGCGGCGGAUCAUUCGCGGGGCGUCUUCCUUGCUAGCCGGUGGCAUGGCCGCCCGUAGGGCACCGCGUGGGUUUAGUUUGCUCCUGGAGAAAAAGGCGGUCUGCUGUAUCUUGUAUCCAACGGAAGGGAGAAUUUCAGCUGUUUGUGCAGAGUUCAACUAGGUAUUGAUUUCUAAAGCAGCUCCCGUGAUAAGUUGCGCUUCGUUACACGCAAAGUCAAGGAAAUCGUUCUCAGAAGGUCGUAUCCUGCUUCUGCGUAAUUUCCAUCGCCAAAGUCACUUCAUAUUAUAUGGAAAAGGAAAUACAAUGUUUUAUAUCUGCAAAUAACAUUUCUUUUUCCUAAUGUAUACUUGUGGCAGUCAGAAAUGAAGAAAGAAGUUCUGGGUUCCUUUGGAAGAAGCCAAUCCAAAUGACAAGCAUGCUUUGCCUAAGACGUUUUUAUCCAAUUCCAACAAGAUGUUUUAACUGUCGAACUUGGAGCAGCGACACUUUGUUGAACCAACUAAAUAACUUUACAAAUGAACACCAAGUGUUCAAUCUUGUGUCAAAGAACAGAGCCAGACUCUCUGAAAAACAUGUGAGAAGUGCAAUUAAGAAACUUGUGCAAGUUCAAAAGAAAAGGCCUCUGUCCUCAGAAACUAUGGAUUAUAUAAGAAGUCAUUCUCAGUUUUUUGUACUUCGCAUCUUGGCAGAAAAUAAGAUUGAAUGUAUGGAUAAUGAAUCAUUAGUGGAUGUAUUAUACAGUAUGCUCUGGUUUGAAGUUGACGCCCAUGACUCACUUGUAGAAGAGUUGGUUGUAGAAGGCUGGAAGCGAUUAAAUGAACUGACUCCACCUCUGCUAUCUAAAUUUGCACUGUGUGUACAGGAACAACAUCUGCAUCAUAGUCCACUCAUGGGUGAAAUAGCUCAUUUGGUAGAUAAGAAAUUGGAUUCCAUACAGGAUUCAAGGGCUUUGUCAGUCGUAAUGAACUGCAUAUCUUCUGUUACCUCGUCGAAUUUGAAAAAGCGGUUAAUAGAAAAAGCAGAAGACUUGUUAGAAACAACAGACAUCUCAGUGAAUGAUGCCAGGCGAUUUAUACAGUUUCUCCGGAAUGUCAGUUUUCUGCACUGGCCGCUGGUAAAAAAAUGUAACAAUAUUUUUAUUCGGCAUUCACAUGAGUUACGUGUUGAGGAUUUCUCUAUCAUUCUUGGACUCUACCAGAAUUUGCAAUUCAACAACACUGAAUUUAGAUUACUUGCCAAAGAAAAGCUGAUAGAACUUAAGGAUCAUUGCAACAGUCUGUUGAACGUCAUGCAGCUGUUCAUUCAUCUUGCACCCAUGGUACAGGAAGAGAUGCAAAAAGAGUUAAGUGAAAAGCUUCUACUAAUCGCAGAUGAUUUGGGUCGGUACCAAACGUUAAUUGUGGCAGAAAAAAUGCAAGAAGUACAAUACAGAAAUCCACUACUGAUUGAAAAGAUUGUAUCCCUCCUUCACAAGUACUUGGAUCAGUAUAAACCAUUUGAGCUUUUGAGAGUGACAAAUGUGCUAGCCAUGCUGCAUUGGCCCAAAUCUGACAUAUAUUCCAAAUUACAACAAUUAUCAAUCUGCCAUUUACAAGUUAAAAGAUUUCCCGCUGAUAUUUUAAUGCUGGUUCAUGCUCUUUCUAAUCUUCCUUCUCCUUAUGUGGAUGAAGCUGUAGUUACUCAAAUUGAUGCCAUCAUACCUCAGUGCAAUCUGAGUCAGCUCAAUCGUUUUACCAUAGAUCUUCUGAAAUGGAUGAAACAUCAAAAAUCAAAUCAGAAAAGUUAUUCUGGACCAUACGGGUCACUUUUGCAAAAAAUUAACAGUUGCGCCUUUCAGAGACUUGAGAAAAUAAACAAUUUGGAUCUUUUGCUGAAGGAACUCAGAUACAUACAUGGAAAAUGGUUUCAAGAAGUACUUCUCGAGAAGACCAUAGUUACUUUACGUCAGUUGAGAGAUCAGAUUACAUGGUCAAAUGUAGUGAAAUUUGCAUCCUUUCUCCUUGGAACCAACUAUCGCUGUACACUAUUACUUGACAGAAUAGCUGCAGUUACCACUGAACAUAUCGAUCAGAUCUAUUAUUCAGAAGUACAUGUUAUUCUUGCUCUAUUUUCUUUAUUUAAUUAUGAACCCCCUGAAGCUGAGAAAUUUUUUGAGGCUUGCAUUAAUCAUAUCAGUCUUCACCUGGAACAUUUUGAACCUUCUCUUCUUGUAUUGCUUGGUUUCGCUUUGGCUUCUGCUGGGUAUUUUCCACAGAAAGUGAUAAAAGCUAUAUUUAAUAUUGAAUUUCUCUCCAAAUUGGAUGCUGAGCUUCAAAUUCUACCAUGGAAAACAGCAAGUAAGUCCACCUUCCAGCUGAUGGAGCUGAAUCGAGCUGUCUGUUUGGAGUGCCCCGAGCUUCAGAUUCCAUGGUUUCAUAAACGCUUCUGUGAACAGCUGAAGAAAAAAAAGACUGAUUUAUCCAGUCCGUUGCAACAGCAGAUAUAUAUACUACUUGGAGAAAUCCUAGGAAGAAGCCAUUAUGCCAGAUGUUCUGUACUCACUUCUUACUAUUAUAGAAUUGAUUUUGAAUUUAUCGUUGAUAAAAACAGGAGACCUGCUCCAUAUAUAGACCAACACGUUGCCAUGCUUAAUUCAGACAACAUAGGUGGUGCUGAAGCUGGUCACUCCUAUGGAAAACAAGGGCUACCACCAGGAUUGCAAAGAAUUGCUAUGGAAUUCCUUGAUUCAGAAGCUUUCUGCAAAAAUUCAAAUCACGUCAAAGGAUAUGUUACCAUGAAAAAGCGGCAUUUAGAGAUUCUUGGUUAUCAAGUUGUUCAGAUCCCUCACUAUGAAUGGAAUUCCAUGGAAUUGUCAUCCACGGAAGCAAAGAUUGAAUAUUUAGCAAAUAAAAUAUUUGAAAAGCUUUGAUAUCCUAGUGUGGAGAAAAAAAAUAACAAUUUUUUAUAUGGACUUGUAACAUUGAAAAUUAAUUAUCUUCAGCCUUCAAUAAACUUAUUUUUUUUUAA